AGCCGCCGCGGAAGGGGCGCGCAGGAUGCGCGGGACCUUCCCGGGGCUCUGCUUGGCGUUGCUGGCGGCGGAGCGCGGGGCGCGGCUCUGCGCCGUCAUCCACUACUUUAUCCGCGGGCAGCUGGGCUGGUUGGGGCUGACCGUCGCCUGCGUGGUGCCAGGCUACGCGGCUCAGCUCCUCAGCAUCCUCUGGUUCAGGGCAGACGGCCGCCCGCCCGGCUGCUGGCUCCUGGGGCUCCACCUCCUGCAACUGGGCCUCUGGAAACGGUACUGGGAUGUCUUACGGUUGGCGGCAAAGACGGGCGGCAGUGCUUGUGCCGGGGAGGUGCUGACGCAGCACGGGGACGCGUGCGUGCUGGGGCUCCUGGAAGCCCUGCUGCAGACCCUGCCUCACCUCCUGCUGCAGGCCUACGUCGUCGUGGCCGUCGAGCCAGCGGGCUUCAUCCCUGGUGUCAGCGCGGGGCUCUCCCUGCUCUCCCUCGCCUGGGCUUUGGUCUCCUACAGCCGCUUCUCCUGCCUGCUGAAACCCGGCCACCUCUGCCCUCCGGCCACAGCCAUCCUCUGCCUGCUGCUCUGGAGGACGGGGAUGCUGGGGACCCGGGUCCUGGCUCUGGUGCUCUUUGCCAGGCUGUAUUCCUUCUGGGUUUUUGCUGUGGCAGGUGUCCACUGGCUGCUCAUGUCCUUCUGGCUGGUGGCCCAGCAGACCGACAUCAUGGCCCAGCCUUGCCACUGGAGGCUGUUCAAUUGCCUGGUGGGAGCUGUGUACAUCUUCUGCUACAUUAAUGUCCGUCCCGGUCCCUCCAAGCACAGGGUGGCUGUGUUUUAUGCAAUAAUGCUGAUGGAGAACACUCUCCUGCUGCUGCUGGCCACCCGGUUCCUUCAGGCAGAGCUGAAGAACAGCCUGUGCAUGACCGGGGCUGUCAUGUCGGGGUCUGUAAUAGGUGCUGUGGCUCUGGUGGUUUAUUAUAGCCUGCUCCAUCCCAAGUCCACAGAGAUCUGGCAGGGCUUCUUGGAGACAACCUGCGGUGCUGCAGCUGCUGGUGAUGACGAGGUUGCUGGACAGGGCUCCCAAGCAGGGCAGAGUUUGGGAAUUUCAGGAGAGGGAGAGUUCUUGGUAGGGGAAGGGACCACGAUGGAUCCCAAAAAUGGGAACGGCUCAUCACUCCUGCAGUUCAGAGGGUGUUCGGAGGAGAGCUGGAUAAACCAUCACCACUGGCUGCUGGUAAAGCUGGCCUUGAAGACAGGAGAUAUGUCCAUGAUCAACGCAGCUUUCGGAGAUGGUGGUGUGGGAGAGGUUUACCCCGGAGGAUGGAUGAUGGGGAAACCCAUCAGUGUUGAGCCUGAGGCAAACCUUUCCCUCCCCACGAGGGAAAUUGGUCCUUGGGGUGUUGAAUCUGGUCGGACUGAUGAGAAAUGGCAGGUGGUGGGGAAUGGAGGAGGCAGCAAACCCAGCGCUGGUGCCGAGAGAAAGGCACGGGAGGACGGAGGAGGGCAGGAGCCUGGGUUUCACCUGGCCGUAUCCUUUUUCGGCAGCUUCUCCCCAGAUCCAGCCGAGGGCUCCUCUGUGUAUUUUAGCAUGAGCGCAGGAGGCAUCACCCCCGACACGGGGACAGCCACAGCUACGUCCAUGGCCCUGGUGCAAAGGGACAGCAAAGCCCAGACUCCUCCAGGCAGCCCGGGAGGAGGAGGAGGAGGGGAUUUAUCCCUGGAGAUGGCAAGCAUCAGCCCAAUCCCGGGCGCUUGUGCCCACAAGCAUCUGCGGAGCAGCUCUUCCUUCAGCAGCAUAGGUGGCUGUGGGGUGAUGGGUCCCCCUAAAGAGGCCCCGGAGCCCGUGGGGCUGGAGGGUGCCCUCGUGGGGUGGCAUCACCUUCGGGACAGCCAUCCUUGUGACGCACAAGAGGCUGUCGUGAGGAGCAAGCUGAGGCCGCCGUGCUUCACCUCCACCCCCAAGGCUGACUCUAAAUGCCCACAACGAGGACUGGGGGAGGCAGGAGAGGGGACAGACCUGUCUGGGUUGCUGGAGUGACCCUGAAAUCGCUGCACCGUCACUUUGGGUCAGCAUCGGGGUGACUGCCUCAUCGAUAGGGUACGGCAGGAGGUGGUGGGAUGUUAAUGCUGGACAUGAAGACUAUCCCCAUGGUGCCCCUGCUGCUGGGAAGAUGUGGUCCUCCAUCUCAAGGACAUCACCUUCCCUCCCAGUGCAUCUUCUACUUGCAGUUUUGGAGACCUUCAGAGGUCUUAAAAAGCCUUAAAAGUCCAGGUUUAAGUAUAUAUUAAACUUAUUUAUGUAAUAGUCCUCCUAGGCAGCUGGAGUAUGCUGCCUUUGGUAUAUUUGUGAUCAUGUCUUCAAGUGUGUCCUUUAACAAGUGCCUAUACAAGUCCCAGCACGGAGAUCUGGCUGCUGUCUCCAGGGGCUGCAAAGUAGGAGCCUUCUCAGGAGAAACGAGUGCCUAAACCAGAAAAAUAAUGAGUUUUACUCUCCGAUGCCCUUCCUGCUGGGCAGAAUAAGCCCUAAAGUCUCAGCAGUGCUUGAUUUAUUUUUCCCUCACCGGGUUCAUCUUGAGAGAUUUACCAGCUCCAUUUGCUGGGACCACAUAGGAUCACAGAUCCUCUUCAUACAGCAGAGCACAACCUCGGGACUCUGAAUUGUAGACAAAAGCCAUGUCCUGCUUGCUUGCCCACUGCCUCGGUUCCUCAGGUGGCCUUUUCUGCCCAGAUUGUACCUUGCCCCCUUCCACCCAGCUGCAGAUACUCCAGAUCUGACUGGAUGCUCCCUCCUAAAUUUAGCCUCCAGCCAAAUUUCUAAACAGAUCUGCAUACUCUUGCCACCAUGAAAUCCCCAUUUCAGGCAUGGUUUAUUUAUAUCAGGAACUAAAACCUCAAUACAGUGGCCUCGGAAAUCGUAAUGCUUCCAGCCAGGCUGGCUAGACAGGGGUUUGUGCCCAGGACAUGGCUUGACAUGUUGAUUGAGGUCUAGUGUUGCCGCAGGAAGGCCAGGCAUGUGAUGAAUUAUUAAAACAAGCUUCCAUAUAGCCUUGGCUGCUCGGGAUUGACCCGGCCAGAUGAUUCUUCAAGCUGAUCUGAGCAGUGAAAACCUAGCUGGUCCCUGUUUUGAAGUGCUGCCGUGCUGCGGCUGUGCUCUGCAGGGAGGAGGCAGUUGCAGCGGCUUUGGAAGAGUCCUUCUCACUGUGUGCAUCACACAGAAGGCAGCAGAGCCGCCGUGGCACCGUGGAAAUUUCGAUCGAGUUUGGUUUUCUACCUUUGAUAAUAUAUAAUGAUUCUUUAAAAGGCAAAACCAGACUUUGCUGUGUCUGUGCCUCGUGUUGGCGGGGUGCACCUAAGCGUGGAGAAGUCCUCUCUGGACCCUGCUGUAGGGGAUGUUGGACCUCGAUCUCCUGCUGCUUUGCGAGCAAACCGCUGUGCAGCUUCCUGCCUGCAUGUGACCCCACCUCCUCUCCUCUCCUUUGCAAUUCCAUUUUCCUGUUUUCUUAGAUUUUCUACCCAUUCCGAUUCUACCCGCCCCCAAUCAAGUUGUUUAUUUAAUUGAGCAGGGUUUUUCCUUUACUCCAGCUGGAGGGUGUUCUAAGAUAAGACACGGAUAUGAACGGGCAGGGGACUCCACAUCUUUCUCUCUUCCCUACGUUUUCUCCUGCAGCCCCAGGGUGUGCCUGUCAGGAUUUUGAAGAAGGAUCUGCAUCCAGCAUCUUUCUAGCCGGGGCCACGUCAGUCAGUGGGACCUGGGCACUUCGAUGUGGCAUGCAGAUAAGCAAUGGGUUGGGGAAUUUGGUUGCUGCUGGCAAGUAACAGCUCAAGAGGAGCACAGGUGGCAAGCUGGACCCCUUUGGGAUGGGGACGCAGCCCUUUAGUGGCCAAAUUUCUGUGCCAGGCAGCAGAUGCGGGGAGGAAGAGUUGGUUGUGUCAUUCCUGUCCCACCCCCUCUUGCCAGAGUGGGUUCACUGAGGGGUGGCUGGUGACGGCUGCCCCUGUCCCCCACCACCUCACCCAGAGCAGGGUGAGCGGUGCUGAACCAGGCAGUGGUGCCUUCUCACCCCAUCCCCAAACCAGGACCAAGUCUAGGACGAGAAAGUCUCCCUCAGCAGGAUCAUUCUCUUCCUAACCCAGAGCCUUCCCUUUAGUAGACUGGUAAUAUUUGGGGGUAGAUUUUGAGCAUUUGCUGUGGGUAGUAAGAGCAUCCAACCCUAACAUCUGAGGUCUGGCAGGUUGGAAAACAAGCCACCAACCCAAGUGCAUGGCAUUGAGCUUGGUGGGAAUCUCUCCUCGGAUGCUCUACUCAAGGCACGGCAGUGUUGGCCUUGGCUUUACACUUUAUGGUUGCAGUCCUACAUGCCCGUAGUCAUUUGCACUGACUACAAAAAUCAAAUGUUUAGUGACGACUACCCAAAAUACGGGCUGCCCUCAAACCUGCGCUGGUUAUCACAAGGCGAGAUCAGGCAGGAAAAGCAAAUGCAUUGAGGGUUUGCUGUUCUGUCCUGGAGCAGGGCCUUGAGACACAGAAGGAUUUAUACCGUCCUUGAUGCACUUGUGAGCGAUUUAUUUGCUUUUCACCCAAUAAAUACAGGGCUGCUGCUGUUUACA